AUGGAUGCGAAAAGAAAACACAAGGAGAAUGUGUUUACAAAAGAUCGUCCAGGUCAGGCUUCUCAGCCUGAAUCUUCUGAACAGACGACUCUAGAAAAAGCCAGAAAAAUGGAAGAACGUUGUAAUCUGUCCAGUCAAAAGUUUCAAGAGGAAAAUAAAGUUAAGAAGAAGGAAUCUAUUUCCCAACUAAAUGAAAAAGAACAAGAACCAAAGUUAAGAGAGAGAAAACUAAACAUUUCAAGGAAUGAAACAGAUGCAAGUUCUGCCUCCCGUGAAGCAUCUAAUUUGGAUGUUCCAGCCGCAGAAAGCGUUAAGAGCACCGAAAGUCACUCAACCUGCACUGCAAAGGAAUCAAGUGGACGACGCCGACGACAAGGAGACGUGAAGAAGAUACUCGUGGAAGAAAGAAUGUGUCCAAAACUUCACCUGAACCUUUUGAAUGCGGAACUGGAGGAACUGAAUAAGAAAUACAAAAAAGUAGAAGAAGAAUUUGAAAAGGCUGAGAAAGAACUUUUAAACUUUAAGAAAGUCUCUACCAAACCCCUAAACUUUCAAGAAACGCGAGUGGAUGCUUCCAAGAAAGACUGGGAGCUUCAAGCUUUACGAAAUGACCUGUCUAAAAAAGCAACCAAUGUCAAAAACUUAACUAAAGAGCUCCAGCAAGCCAAAGAAGCCAUCCACAAGCUGAAUCUAGAGAACCGAGAUUUAAAAGAGACUGUGAAGAAGCUGAAGCGGCAAGCCGAAGUUGGGAGUGCCUUCCUCAGAGGCGAAAUGAAAUUGUUUUAUGAAUUAGAAAUGAAUAAGAUCCAUGGAGAGCUGGACGCCAUCAAGAAUGAAUUGAGAGUUGAAAAGACUCUGCAAGCAAGAAACAAUAGGGCCCUGGAAGUGCUCAGACAGCACUUUGCCUCCGUUACUACAUCAAAUCCCCUUGGCCAAUUUCCAGGGAAUAUUUUUUAA